AUGACGAUGAUGCGCGAGGCGAAUGGCAACAACACCCGCGGAAACGCGGCCAAAACGACGAAAGGAGGAAAGAAAACGGGUAAAACGUCGAAGAAGAAACAACCCCACCAACCGUUUAAAGAGAACGAAACGCCCGGGCAAAAUGGCAAGUUCACCCGAGGGAUGGUGCGAAACAUUCAAAAUAUGAGAGACGAUCACGAUAAAGCGACCAUCGAGUGGUUUGAAACCAUGGAGGAAUUUGCGAACGAGGAGGUGGAGAAGGAGUGGUCAAAAGAAGUUUUUAUCGAUCACUCGGACGCGUUUAAAGAUUUACCGGAUAGAGAAAAGAUUCGAAUACAAAGGAUAAAGAAACGGAGCGAUCCGAACGUCGCGCCGGACGAGCCCGUGCCGUUGAGAUUGAGACCGUGGGAUGCGCAUCCGAAGGAUGCAGAGAAAGUGACUGUGCAAUAUACGUAUAGGAACGCGCUCGGUACGGUUGGAGAGUGUAAGAAUGAAAUAGCGAAACAGUUGGACGUUCCAAUAGGGUCGGUUGAGUUGAUUAACGCCGGUCGUAGGCUCGGAAGGGACGACGCGACGUUCCACGAUUUACACAUUUUAGCCGGGUACGUGGUGUAUUUUCGAGUAAACAGCAGAAAAGAAGAAUCAGAGAGGAAGAAGAAAGAGAAGAUGGACGAUCCAGAGGCACCAACGUCGGAAGGCGUGGCGUGUUGGCAACACUAUAAAAUUAUCGAGAAGGACUAA